AUGGGAUUUGGGGACGCAAGCGCAAAAGAGAAGAAGGCAGCCGCGGCAAAGGUCAAAGAUGAGGCAGCUAAGGCUGCUGCUGAAGACGCGGCGUGGGCUGAAACAGACAAAGGCAACCUGAAGAAGGCUGCAAGGGCUGCGGAUGCUGCUGCAAAGGCAGACGCCAAGCUCGCAGCAAAAGCGGAGCUGAAAGAGAUGGAGAAGGCCGAGGAAGAGGCCAAUUCCAGCGCGAAGGGGGCGAACAAGAAAGCUGGCGGCUACGGCAAGGUUACCCAAGCCGAGAUUGCCAGAAGACAGGCCUUGAUGGCUAUGACGGCCAAGGCCUCCGCCAAGAAACAGACAAAAAAGACCGAGGUUGUGCCGCAGCCAAAGCUGGAGGCGAACACGAAUCGAAUUGAGGAGGUUGUGGACGCCAGCGGCAUCGACGCUGCUUUGAGCGCGUUGGAUGUCGGCGGUGAGAAGAAGUCCAAGAUGACAUAUGCCGAGUUCGAAGCCAGGGAGCUUGAGGGCAUCAAGCAGGAAAACCCUGGCCUCAAGAUGUCGCAGGCCAAGGAGCGAUGCUUCAAGAUGUGGGAACGCUCACCAGAGAAUCCCAAGAACCAAGAGAAGUGA